CCAGAGAGGUGAGGACUGGAAUAUGUGAACAUUGUACAGUGCUGGUGAUCUUUUUUUUAUAUAUAACCCACCAUUGAAGAUGCCUGCGGUGUCCAGUGGGGUGAAGGACUUGUACCUCUCUACUAACCUGGGGGACCUCAACAAGAAAGCUGAAGUCAAGUCUGACAAAGUCAACACCAAGAGCUAUGUCCAGAGUGCCUGUAAGAUCUUCAAGGCUGCGGAGGAGUGUCGUCUGGAUGGAGACGAGGAGAGGGCCUAUGUUCUCUACAUGAAAUACCUAACGGUUUAUAAUCUCAUCAAGAAGAGGCCCGACUUCAAGCAGCAACAGGAGUUUUUCCUGUCCCUGCUGGGGCCCAACAGCUUUAAAAAAGCCAUAGAAGAAGCCGAGAAGCUCUCUGAAAGCCUUAAACUCAGAUACGAGGAAGUCGAGGUUCGCAAAAAACUUGAGGAGAAAGAGAGACAAGAGGAGAAGAAGAAGAGGGGGGAUAAGACAGAGAAAGAUGGAGGGAGGGCAUCUCCAAAAGGAGGGAAAGAGAUCAAGAAGGUAAAAGAGCACAAGGAGUUGAAAAAUGGACCUUCAAAAGCUGCGGUGCCAGCAGGAGGGAUAACAGCAGAGGGGUUGUUCAAGAUGAUGAGGGACCAGGCCAUUACGGUCAUUGUGAUGGACGCUCGCUGCCUCCGAGACUUCCAGGACUCACAGAUCCAGGUCCCCACCCAGACUGUCAUCAGUGUCCCAGAGGAGGCAAUCAACCCUGGCAUCACAGUGAACCAGAUAGAGGCCAAUCUACCUGCUGCAUCCAGAGAGACGUGGAAGAGACGGGGGUUCGUAGAUUACAUCGUCCUACUGGACUGGUUCAGCUCUGUUACUGACCUCAAACUGGGAACCACCUUACAAAGCCUCAAAGAUGCUCUCUACAAGUGGGACAGUACCACUAUCCUGCGUAGUGAGCCCAUGGUCCUGGAGGGAGGCUAUGAGAGCUGGCUCCUCUUCUACCCCAUGUACACAUCCAACGCCAAAGUCAGACCGCCCCGAACACACAGCUACAGCACCCUUCCACAGCUGAACUUCAACUACCCGUCACUGGAGGAGCCCAAACCUCUAACCCCCCCUCCCCUCGAGCCGGACCCUGAACCCCAGGCUGCCCCUGCAUCCCUGGGUAGUGUACAGGUGAACGGUGCCCCCCUGGAGGAUCUGACCCCCUCCCACCCUGAGACCCCCUCCACAUGGACGGAGGCAGACGUCACAGACUCCCCCCACACAGGGUUCACUCACCCUGGAGUAGACCACAGCAAGAAGGACCCUGGAGCCGGUCCAGGGACACCCAGCCAGCCUGGAGGGACAGCCAAGCACAUCCCACAGAUCGACCGUACCAAGAAGCCAUCAGUCAGAGUCUCAGACGGGUCUAAACCACCCCUGGACGCCCUCCCCAGGGACCUGCCCCCCUCCUCCCAGAAUGGCCCGUCUGUACCCCAACCCAACCGCUCGGUCAAACCGGCCUUUGACCCGUCGGUCCCGCUGACGGACGAGGAGCGCGGUCAGAUCCACACGGAGACGGCUGCUCUGAUGGAGAAGGCCCGGAGAGAGCAGGACCAACGCACACAGGAGGAGUGGAGAGAGAGGGAACGCCGGGAGAACCAGGAGAAGGAUAAUGAGGAGACGGAGAAGAGGAAGGAGGAAGAGAACAGGACUCAGGAGAGGAAGAGGUUGGAGAGACAGAAGGCAGAGGAGGAGAACGGGGUUGGGGAGGAGCAAAGGGAGGAUACGCCAACAAACGGUGCUUCUCUGGACUCGCCAGCUCCCAGCCGUGUCAUCACUGAGAUUAAGGCUCCAUCCCCCCUGAAGCUUAGUGGUGAUGUAAAGAGGAGCCAUCAGCCUGGGAUGUUAAAGCAUAGAACAGUUGAUGACUAUGUCAUACCCAAGCGGGAGCUCCUAACCAGAGCCAGGAGUGAGGAGAUGGGCAGGAGUGUACCAGGCCUGCCUGUUGGCUGGAUGAAGUUCUUGGACACGGUAACCGGUACCUACCGUUACUACCAUUCCCCAACCAACCGGGUGGACUGCUACCCCCCUGAGGUCAGCGUACCCCAGACGCCCCCCUCCACCCCUCCUACGGCCAAACAGAAGCAGCCCCGCCCCGCUGAGCCCGACCAGACCAUGGACCGCGACCAGGAGCAGUCCAAACUGAAACGUUCCUACUCUUCUCCAGACAUCAGCCAGGACCUGAGGGAGGAGGGGCUAAAGAAGGUUACCGCCCCUAUAACUGCAGCCACGCGCCCAACCUUUAACAGGGAGACCAAACCAUCCACUGCUAGCGUCUACACCAAGGUGGAGAUCGCCCGUCCGUCUGCGGCUAAGAUCCGUAACCUGAACCCUGUGUUUGGCGGUCUGGGCGCCUCGCUCACCGGCCUGCGUAACCUAGGUAACACCUGCUACAUGAACUCCAUCCUGCAGUGUCUCUGCAACACACCGGCCAUGGUGGACUACUUCAACAAGAACCUCUAUCAGGAGGAUAUCAACAGGGCUAAUAUCCUGGGUCACCGAGGCGAGGUAGCAGAGGAGUUUGGUGUGAUCAUGAAGGCUCUGUGGUCAGGCCUGUAUAAGUGUAUCAGCCCGCGUGACUUUAAGUUCACUAUAGGGAAGAUCCAUGAAUCCUUCUCUGGCCAGGAACAGCAGGACUCCCAGGAGCUGCUGCUCUUCCUUAUGGACGGACUCCACGAGGACCUCAACAAGGUUGCUAACCGUAAGCGUUACACGGAGGAGGAGAAUGACGAUCUGGACGACCAGCGGGCUGCUGACCAGGCCUGGAGCAAACACAAGCUGCUCAACGAGUCUGUCAUCGUAGCGCUGUUCCAGGGACAGUUUAAGAGCACAGUUCAGUGUCUCACCUGCCACAGGAAGUCACGCACCUUCGAGACCUUCAUGUACCUGUCCCUGCCGCUGGCCUCCACCAACAAGUGUUCCCUGCAGGACUGUCUGAAGCUGUUUUCUAAGGAGGAGAAGCUGACUGACCAGAACAAGGUGUUCUGUCGACACUGUAAAGCUCUCAGAGACUCCAUCAAGAAGCUGGAGAUCUGGAAGGUCCCGCCCAUCAUACUGGUUCACCUUAAACGGUUCUCGUACGAGGGCCGUUGGAAGCAGAAGCUGCAGACGGCAGUAGACUUCCCUCUGGAGAAUCUAGACCUCAGUCAGUAUGUCAUCGGACCCAGAGCCAACCUCAAGAGAUACAACCUGUUUGGAGUGUCUAACCAUUAUGGCGGUCUGGACGGGGGUCACUACACAGCCUACUGUAAGAACGCCAUGAAACAGCGCUGGUACAAGUUUGACGACCACGAGGUGUCCGAAAUCUCCACCUCCACCGUCAAGUCCUCCGCAGCGUACAUCUUCUUCUUCUCCUCCCUGUGAGGGCAGAGCUGCAACACUGCUACGAGCUAUGAGGCUACAUAAAGGCUACAUAAAGGCUAGCUAACAUGCAGGCUGCUUUGACUCCGCUUCCUCUGCUGGUGGGAGAAAGGAACUGAACUGGCGAUGUUUUUGUGAACUGAACUGAACUGCCAGGGGUCAUACUUGUGGUUUAAACCAUUAGUCUAAAAUAGCUGCUAGCUUUUUCUCUCAGGCCAACCUGGCCAAAUUAGCCACGAUGCUAAUUAGCCACCACGCUGAGGAAGGCCAGCUAAGCAGAUGAUUUAUAUCCGAUAACAUAUCAACCUAUCAGAUAACUUAGAGCCACCAUCCAAUCACAUUUGUUCAUGAGGUAAAUUUGCUUCCAACUGAUUGUUUUAAUUUGUUACCCAUGGUCUAAGUGGAGUUUCCUCAAUAUAUUUUUUGCAUGAUGCUUCCUUGACUAGGCAAGUGGCAUCAUAACAAAUGACGGUUUUCGCAUAUAUGAUCAAGUUUCGUGUUUUUUCUUCUCCAUUUAACACACAUCCAUGUACUUUUCAAUUAACAAAGUAGGAGGAUUAUAUUGUAACUUUGUUAUUCAUACAUUGUAAAAGGCGAUGACUCUCGUGGUGUUGUCAAAUAGCAGUCAUUUACCGUCCACUGCUUGUCCGGGGUGGUGGCGUGAUCUCCACGGUGAUGUUUUCAAUACCAUUGGGAGCCGGAUUUAUUUUUAAGGAGGAAAAUCAUGGUCUAAGCAAAAAUUCACUAGUAUGUCCACGCAAGGUUUGUAGGUUUUGGAUAACUGAACUGGCAAGGUUUGGUGGUUUUGGUAGACUGAACUGACAAGGUUUGGUGGUUUUGGUAGACUGAACUGACAGAGGUUGAAAUGUGGAUGUGGAGAGAGAGGGACAUACUCUAGUGUGUGGUGGAAGGGUGGGUUAGUGACUGGGUGGGUUAGUGACUGGGCGGGUUAGUGACUGGGCGGGUUAGUGACUGGGCGGGUUAGUGACUGGGCGGGUUAGUGACUGGGCGGGUUAGUGACUGGGCGGGUUAGUGACUGGGUGUGUGCAGGAAAGGGAGCGACUCAGGCACUCCAAUACUUCAACUCAUAGAGGACUCAACAGCUGUUAAAACACAACAUCUAUUCAUAUUAAACCAGAGAGCAGGGAGAGGGUUCCCUGUCCUAAUCACCGCAGCUUAAACCCUGUUCUUAACACAACAUCUAUUCUUAUUAAACCAGAGAGCAGGGAGAGGGUUCCCUGUUCUAAUCACCGCAGCUUAAAACCCUGUUCUUAACACAGCAAUGUUGUAAUUCUGCUAGUUCUGGGUUUCAGUUGAGUCUGUGUGGAGUGGACAGACUUCUGCUGGUAUACACAGACCUUAUUUAAGCUUCCAUGUACUGUGAAUCUUCUAGUGAAGAGUGACGUACAGGGACGUUUAGUGUGACGUAUAGUGACGUUUAGUUAGGACGAGUGACGUACAGGGACGUUUAGUUAGGACGAGUGACGUACAGGGACGUUUAGUUAGGACGAGUGACGUACAGGGACGUUUAGUUAGGACGAGUGACGUACAGGGACGUUUAGUUAGGACGAGUGACGUACAGGGACGUUUAGGACGAGUGACGUACAGGGACGUUUAGUUAGGACGAGUGACGUACAGGGACGUUUAGUUAGGACGAGUGACGUACAGGGACGUUUAGUUAGGACGAGUGACGUACAGGGACGUUUAGUUAGGACGAGUGACGUACAGGGACGUUUAGUUAGGACGAGUGACGUACAGGGACGUUUAGUUAGGACGAGUGACGUACAGGGACGUUUAGGACGAGUGACGUACAGGGACGUUUAGUUAGGACGAGUGACGUACAGGGACGUUUAGUUAGGACGAGUGACGUACAGGGACGUUUAGUUAGGACGAGUGACGUACAGGGACGUUUAGUUAGGACGAGUGACGUACAGGGACGUUUAGUUAGGACGAGUGACGUACAGGGACGUUUAGUUAGGACGAGUGACGUACAGGGACGUUUAGUUAGGACGAGUGACGUACAGGGACGUUUAGUUAGGACGAGUGACGUACAGGGACGUUUAGUUAGGACGAGUGACGUACAGGGACGUUUAGUUAGGACGAGUGACGUACAGGGACGUUUAGUUAGGACGUACAGUGCCUUUGGAAAGUUUUCAGACCCCUUGACUUUUUCCACAUUUUAUUACGUUACAGCAAAUGUAUUCAAUUGUUUGUUUUUUUCCUCAUUAAUCUACACACAAUACCCCAUAAUGACAUCACAAUACCCCAUAAUGACAAAGCAAAAACAGGUUUUUAUGAAUGUUUGCUAAUUUAAAAAUUAAAAUUUCAAAAUAAAAAAAACUAUCACAUUUACAUAAGUAUUCAGACCCUUUACUCAGUACUUUGUUGAAGCAUCUUUGGCAGCGAUUACAGCAUCAAGUCUUCUUGGGUAUGACGCUACAAGCUUGGCACACCUGUAUUUGGGGAGUUUCUCCCAUUCUUCUCUGCAGAACCUCUCAAACUCUGUCAGGUUGGAUGGGGAGCGUCGGCUCACAGCUUUUUUCAGAUCUCUCCAGAGAUGUUCAAUCAGGUUCAAGUCCGGGCUCUGGCUGUGCCACUCAAGGACAUUUAGAGACUUGUCCCGAAGCCACUACUGCGUUGUCUUCGCGGUGUACUUAGGGUCGUUGUCCUGUUGGAAGGUGAACCUUUUCCCCAUUCUGAGGUCCUGAAUGCUCUGGAACAGGUUUUCAUUAAGGAUCUCUCUGUACUUUGCUCCGUUUAUCUUUGCCUCGAUCCUGACUAGUCUCACAGCCCCUGCCACUGAAAAACAUCCCCACAGCAUGAUGCUGCCACCACCAUGCUUCACCAUAGGGAUGGUGCCAGGUUUCCUCCAGACGUGACACUUGGCAUUCAGGCCAGAGAAUCUUGUUUCUCAUGGUCUGAUGAGAAACAAGCAGGCUGUCAUGUUGUCUUUUACUGAGGAGUGUCUUCCGUCUGCCCACUCUACCAUAAAGGCCUGAUUGGUGGUGUGCUACAGAGAUGGCUGUCCUUCUGGAAGGUUCUCCCAUCUCCACAGAGGAACUCUGGAGCUCUGUCAGAGUGACCAUCGGGUUCUUGGUCACCUAAAUAAAGUAUUUCUGUUUUUUUAUUUGUAAUACAUUUGCCAAAAUGUCUAAACCUGUUUUUGCUUUGUUCUAAUAGUGUAUUGUGAGUAGAUUGCUGUUUUAAUUUAAUACAUUUUAGAAUAAGGCUGUACUGUGACAAUGUGGGAAAAGGAAAGGGGUCUGAGUACUUUCCAAAUGCACUGUAUAUGGACGUUUAGUUAGGUAGAGGGACUUAUCUGUACAUACAGUAAUAUGAACAGCUUUCUACUGAUGUUGCACAUGAAACACUAAACACAUUGUACAUGAACAUGGUGACGUACAUGAACAUUUUCUCCUUUUGAGAGAAGCAGCUGGCAUGAUUGAUGACUAACUAUUUGAUAAAGGAGUAUUCUAAACUACAUACUUAGGCUUGUAUCCCAAAUAGCACCCUAUCCCCUAAUAAAGAGCACACCUUUUGACAGGGCCCUGGGUUAAAAGAAGUGCGCUUUUUUAUAGGGAAUAGGGAAUCAUUUGAGACUCAGCUUUCUCCUGGUGAGGUGUUGAGAUGUUUUUGGUGUGCCCUAAAGAGGAGAGGUUUAAAAACACUUCCCUUCACAGUGCACUGCUUUUUGGCACCGGUCUUCAGAUGAACUCUUUGCGUUGUUUAGGGAGUUCUUGCUUGUUUUAUCCUGGCUGCAUUCUAUGAAACCCAACAGCACAAUGCACUUGCAGUGUUUGUAUAGAACACAUUCGUUUAUUCAAAUCGACCAACUGACUUUUGAUUUGUAGCAAAUGGCACCCUAUUCCCUAAAUAGUGCCCUACUUUUGACCAGGGCCCUAUUCCCUAUAUAGUGCCCUACUUUUGACCAGGGCCCUAUUCCCUAUAUAGUGCCCUACUUUUGACCAGAACCCUAUUCCCUAAAUAGUGCCCUACUUUUGACCAGGGCCCAUAGGGUAGUGCACUAUUAAGGGAAUGGGGUGCACACGUAGCCUUUUGUGACCGAUUUGAAAAUGGUUGAGCCUGAUACUGAGACAUAAAUCAUUAGGCCUAAUCAAUAAUGUCAUCUAUCAGUGUAAUUUUACUACCCUGGAAAAUAACCUCUUCAGUGUACACUAGUCUACUGCACUCCCUUGCUAAUAAAAAAAACUGUUUUCAUCUAAAAUACUUUCAAUUCCAAUGUUAAGAUCUAUAUUCUAUACAUGACUUUACCGAUAAUACCAAUGUUAAGAUCUAUAAUCUAUACAUGACUUUACCUUCAAUACCAAUGUUAAGAUCUAUAAUCUAUACAUGACUUUACCGAUAAUACCAAUGUUAAGAUCUAUAAUCUAUACAUGACUUUACCGAUAAUACCAAUGUUAAGAUCUAUAAUCAAUACGUGACUUUACCUUCAAUACCAAUGUUAAGAUCUAUAAUCUAUACAUGACUUUACCUUCAAUACCAAUGUUAAGAUCUAUAAUCUAUACAUGACUUUACCGAUAAUACCAAUGUUAAGAUCUAUAAUCUAUACAUGACUUUACCUUCAAUACCAAUGUUAAGAUCUAUAAUCUAUACAUGACUUUACCGAUAAUACCAAUGUUAAGAUCUAUAAUCAAUACGUGACUUUACCUUCAAUACCAAUGUUAAGAUCUAUAAUCAAUACGUUACUUUACCUUCAAUACCAAUGUUAAGGAGCUCUAUAAUCUAUACAUGUAUAGGUUAAGCCGUAUCAGUUAAAUAAAGGUAAAAAUGAAAAAACGA